GACCCGUGCAGUACAGGUGGAUGUAUCCCUUUGAAAGGUUUAUGGGAGAAUCCAAACGCUCAGUUAAAAAUAAAGCUAGAGUGGAAGGGUCAAUUUGUGCAGCUUACUUGCACAGAGAGACAACUUAUUUUUGUUCACAUUAUUUCAAGAACUUCAUGUUGUCUCCCACUCAUGUCAGAAAUGAAAUGCAAUGGCAAGUUGAACCACGUGAAGGUGCAUUAUCAGUUUUCCGACAAUCAGGCCGUCACGCAGGGAAAGAAUUCACUCACUGGUUAACUGAUGCUGAAUUCAACUCUGCUCAUGUCCAUGUCUUGAUCAAUUGCAGUGAAGUAAAGCCGUACCUUGACUCAUUUGUUGUGGCUGAGCAAGUCGCAGAAGGAAAUACUUCUGCUAGAAUACACUCAGAGUUUCCGCAUUGGUUUAGAAAUCAGGUUUUUAAUCAGGCAUUAACUCCCACGGUUCAAGAGUUAAGACAUCUCUCCAAUUGGCCAAUGAGAUGUGUCAAAGAAUGGCACACUUACUUCAUCAAUGGUUACAAAUUCCAUACACAUGAAUGGUCUAAAGGAAAGAAAACAUCAAAUUGUGGUGUGUAUGUCAAGGGCCUAACAGAGGGGUCUUAUGAUGAUUUCUACGGCAUCAUUCAUAAAAUAUAUGAGUUAGAGUACAACAGCACUACUUCUCCAAACAGAGUGGUACUCUUCUAUUGUGAAUGGUUUGAUCCUUCUAGAGCUGGUACUAGAGUCGAUCCACGCUUUAAUAUUGUCGAACUGAACCAGAGAUUAAGAUAUGGGCCUUUUGAUCCUUUCAUUCUACCAUCUAAUGUGAGACAGGUUUAUUAUGUGCCAUAUCCACCAUUUCGCAAUAUUGACAAGCGUGGUUGGGCCGUAGCAAUACAAACGAAGCCUAGAGUAAUGACAGGACAAGGUACAGAGCGUCCUAAUAAAGGAAAAGGGGUAGCAAGGCCUACAAAGAGGAAACGGCAGGCACCAAAGUAUGUACUUAGGGUGCCUGCUAGACUACCUACCCCUGCUCCCGGUAGUUCAUCAUCUGUGGGGCCUCCUCCUACCCCUAGUAUACAGACUCCUACACCAGCAGUAGACCCUACUCUUCCUCCUCGUGCAGUACACCCUUCUACUACCACUGCAGUAGACCCUUCUCCUCCUCCUGCAGCACACCCUUCUACAACCCCUGCAGCAGACCCUCUUCCUCCUCCUCUUAUUGCCACCCUCACUCCUCCCCCUAUUGUUAUUACCCCCACUCCUCUCCCUGACCCUACUUCUAUACCUUCCUCAUCUUCUGUACCUCCUUCUGAGACUGUCACACCACUUGGUGAUCCAGAUUCAAGUGGUGAUGCUGAAGAUCUUGACCCGCCCCUCCAUGAUCGACCAUGGAUUGAGCCCUAUGGUAAAGGGUUUAUUCCAUCUAGGGUUGCUUCCCAGGCCAUCACACGUUCAAUAAAGCAACAGUUUUUAACUCCAUGGCCUACUUGGGGAGCAAUACCUCAUGACGACAGAAAGCCAUUCUGGCAGCGCUUUCAGAUGAAGGUGCAGUGGAAACCUGAACAUGAAACUCAGAUACACAGAAAUUUCCACAUGAAAGCAUCUCAUCGGCUGUCAGAGAUGUUUAGGGAUGCCCGGAUUGCAGGACAGCGCCCUAACUGGCUGGGUGAGCACAUUUGGAACUCUUUACUGGCCCAUUGGAAUACAGUAGAGUUCCGCAAUAAGUGUGCCAAAGCCCAGCGGAACAGAGCGUCUGAAAGGGGUGGCACCCUGCAUACUGGUGGGUCGAUCACCAUUCAUGAGCAUGCCAUUCGUAUGGCACAGGCUCUAGGACGGGCGGUCCAUGUUGAUGAGGUCUUUGCACAGACUCACGUUCGGAAGGGAACUAAUCAAUUUGUUGAUGAAAGAUCUCGGAAGACUCAUGAAGACUUUUCUACGAGACUUUCACAGGUUAGAUCUGAACAUGAGUCAGCUCCUACACCGGAUGAUGCCAGUAAUGCAGAUGAUGACAUCCGUAGGACGCAGUGCUGGAUCGACACCGUUGGUGGGAAGAAAAAGGGACGAGUCUAUGGUGCGGGACAGCUUGCUGCAAACUAUACAGCAUCCAGAGGAGGUACUCUGAAGCACCAGCCUUCUUCUUCCACCAGUACUCCUGACGAGGUUCUUCAACUCAGGCGGGAACUCCAUGAACGUGACCAGGAGCUCACUGAUCUCAGAGCAGAGUUUACAAAUUUGAAGGCCCUGGUCAUGACUGUCUUGCCUCAAACCUCACAGGACGUACAAAAUAUCCCUCCCACCCAAUCACGACCUUCCUCAUCACCUGCUGCCACUCAGCAGCCCACUUCAGUCCAACCCUCAUCAGUCCAACCCUCAUCAGUCCAACCCACACCAGUCCAGCCAUCAAUAGAGGAGCAGGAUGAUGAAAAUCAUUCUGAUGAUAGUUAUGUACAUUAUUAGGUUUCAUUUUCUUAUUACUUG